GGACGAGGGUAUAUGACGUCAGCAUCCUAGCAACGGAAAAGAAGGCGCAGAAAGACUGAAGCAAGCUAAUUGCUAAGCGCUUCGUUCGCAAUGUAAACAUGUUACUCGUUUUGAUAUUGCGCUCUUAUACAGCCGGCUCUUGGUUCAUGGUGAAUACAAGUCUUAUUUACAAGGUGAGUGACGUGUGUCGAGACUAAAACGAGUUUAACACGCUCGCUCGAAGCGCUAGCAUUAGCGGCAGUUGACGGUUUUUGGAAUUUUUGGGAUAUGUAUUCUUCGUUUGGGUCUUCCCGUGACAUGGACGGACACCUAAAUCACAGGACUGAGUGAUGCUUAGCAUUGUCAAUGGCCACUAAUGUUACAUCAGACAGGACUUCGCUCACAAUGUAGUUCGGGUAACGGUCGCCACAACACACAACGGGGCUGACGAGUGGCGGAACUCCUGAUGACCACUUGACUGCAGACCCGCACUUGGCCCGACAUGUUUAGCCUGAUGGCCAAUUGCUGCAACUGGCUGAAACGCUGGCGAGAGCCGGCAAGAAAAGUGACUUUGGUGAUGGUAGGACUGGAUAACGCAGGAAAGACCGCCACAGUACGAGGAAUCCAAGGAGAAAAUCCCCAGGAUGUUGCUCCAACUGUGGGUUUUUCGAAGGUUGACUUGAAGCAAGGAAAAUUUGAGGUCACCAUCUUUGAUCUGGGUGGUGGGAAGAGGAUCCGCGGUAUAUGGAAGAAUUACUACUCGGAGUCACACGGUGUGGUGUUUGUGGUGGACUCCAGCGACGUGCAGCGGAUUCAGGAGACGCGGGAGACCAUGGCAGAGGUUCUGCAGCACCCGCGCAUCGCUGGGAAGCCGGUGCUGGUACUUGCCAACAAACAGGAUCAGGAAGGAGCACUGGCUGAAGCAGACAUCAUUGAGAACCUGUCGUUAGAGAAGCUUGUUAAUGAGAACAAGUGUCUCUGUCAGAUCGAGCCGUGUUCUGCGGUCCUGGGUUACGGCAAGAAGGUUGACAAAUCCAUCAAACGGGGUUUGAGCUGGUUGCUCAACAACAUUGCCAAAGAUUAUGAGGACAUUACUGAACGUGUGCAGAAAGACACUGCAGAACAGCGUGCUCUGGAAGAACAGGAUAAGAAAGAGAGGGCAGAACGAGUCCGGCGGAUAAAAGAAGAGAGAGAACGGCAAGAGAGGGAAGAGGCAGAACGUGAAGGCAGGCAGAUUUGCGAAGAUGAACCUGAUGAAGAAAACAUGCCCAACCCCUUCCAGCCGAUUGAAAAUGUCAUCAGUGAGAGUGGGGAUAAAGAAAAUGCGAGAAGGCAACAGGAGCUGCAGGAGUGCACGAUCAACAGUCUGAAGGCAGACGGCAAGUAUCAGGAGGACAAUCAUGAAGAGAGAGACGAUGCCAGGCAAAUGCCAGAUAAUUCCAGCUCAAGCACAACCACGGAGCAAAGCAAGCAAAAGGUGAGAAAAUUGUACCUGAAGAGGAAGCACCGUGUGGACCCACUGAAGACGGAGGAGGGGCCAGCAGAGAGACCCUCCCCUGCGCCAGUUCCAGUCGGAUGGGCGUCACCUAACGUUUCUAGGCUGCCCAAACUCGAGCCUCUGUGGGACUCAAAAGCCUCUGAGUUUUACAAGAAGCCACUCCCGCCUGUCGCAAAUAAACCACAGCCUAACAGUGACACCCACGAUGUGGUUUUUUAACCUCAUUUGCUGAUUGAGCCCCCCCAAUCACGGCUCUCCCCUUUUGCUUUCUGUCCCAAGCGAGCGGAGUUUAAACCGCACCGCGGCGCUCAGCAGCCCGGGAGCAAGCAGUGCAGCGUAAAAGACGAAGGAGCAACACGGAGACGGAUGCUCUGUUCACACGCCAUAAAGCUGUGCUUUCACAGGCUCAAAGAACACAUACACGUUUACCAGACAAACGUUUUCAUGUACCAUAUGUUUUUACCAUGUUAUUAAACAAAAUGAACACA